AUGGCUCAUGCUGCGAUUCGACGCGAUCUCGUGGAGAACCUGGUGACGGGAGUCACAGGCAUUGCAACCGAGGACCACACCUAUAUCAGACUUUGCGCACAGUCCGUAAAGGCACUUCGCGAUCAGGGCCAUGCACGAACCAAUCAAUUCACCGUGCAGGCCCGUCUGGAGGGUCUCACAGAAAAGUUCGGCGUCUUGAAUCGUGAAGAUCUUGCCGAGGCGCUCCAGUCGCGUUUAGACGAAUUGUCAUCUCCAGAGUUGCAGUCCAAAUGGCUGCCCGAGAUAUUCGCAUUGCUGUUAGAACUGUCCGAUCGACCAGCAGAGAAGACGAGUCGCGAACCAUUCAAGUCUAUCAAGGGUGCUGCCUCUCAGCGAGAGUUGUCCUGGCAAGAAAUUCUCGCAGCCGAUCCACUUGAAGAUGAUGGAAUGUGGGAUGAUGUCGAAAGAGGCUAUCAUUCCAGUGGCGAUGAGAUGAGCCGGGAUGAUCUCGUCUCUGAGAAAGCGCCAUCGACAUCUGCGACCUCGAACGAGGACACCGAUGAUCCACUUUUGUUGGUUCAGCCACAUCUCAUCCACACAGAUAAAAGUCUUCUUGUUCCGUUUCGCCAGAGGCAAGGGCAAGGAGCAUCUGUGAAUUCAAAAACCACAACCUGUGACGAGUAUUCCGUAGUUCGAGAGGUACUCAUGAUGCUGAGAGGGUUACCCACCGAUCAAUUCCACCGGAACGAUGUUUCUGGGGGCAUCAAGGUGUCAAGGAGUAUCAUCUUCACUGGCACCAGCGAGCUAGUCAUCCGCGACCUCGUCGCUGAAGCGGCCAGAAUUGGGACCAAUCUCAACCACCUUCGUAGUUUUGUUAGGUCCGAGCAACCUUUGGCAUACAUGCAAUCUGUGCAGAACCUUGUCUCGAAUCACCUUUCGAGCUUUGCAUCGCACUUGGACCAGACCGAAGCAAGCUUUGUGUCCAACGAAUCCAGUACCAUCGUCAGCGUUCUGCAAGUAAUGACACGUGUGCGGAAGCACGCGGCACCUUUGCUCUCGUUAUCCACCGCGAUCGCUCGAGUUGACAACAAGAGCGCAGAUCCGACGGAUUUUGGCCUCUUAGACAGCUUAUAUGAUUUGUCGUGCAUGAAACAAGCCACAGGUGACCUCGCCGUGUAUAAUUUGAGCGUUGAUGUAUUCCUAGCUGGCCUGAGGACUUAUAUGCUGACAGUGGCAAGGUGGAUCUGCACUGCUACGAUCAACGACAAAGAUCGAGACAUGUUUUUUGUUGUUGAUGCUGAUUCUACCAUCGACCUUGGCUCUCUAUGGCACGGAAAAUUCUCGCUUCGGUCCGACACCAAUGGCUCUCUCGCAGUGCCACAAUUCCUUACCAGAUUUGCGACGAACAUCUUCGCUCUCGGCAAAAGCAAAUACUUCUUGCAACAGCUCUCGGGGUCUGAUGAGCGUGACCACUUAGAUUUUCGACAGCUCCCUGGGCUGAUGCCAAACUUCGACGCUAUCGAGCGCAAAAACAAUGAACCAGGCUGGAUGCCGUUCUCUCAGAUCCUGGAGGAAAGCCUUGACUCAUGGAUCAGGAGCCUGGGUACUAGCUAUGUUUCCCAUGUACAGUCACUUCUAUUGAACGAGCAGGGCCUUCUCAUGACUCUGUCCGCGUUACCUACUCUUUUCCUCGCAAAGAACGGCUCGCUGUUCCAAGCACUCGCCGACGGGAUCAUACCAUUAAUGGCAACAACGCCCGGAGACGCAACCAACGCAAACAGCCAUCUGGCAACGAUGCUCGCGCGAGAUGUCUGCUCAAGCUCUCCCUCGAUUGAAGAUCGCCACCUAUUCGUCGACGUGUCAGAAGCCAGCCAAUCCAGGUCAUCAAUUAUAGCCAGGCUCGGCAAUUGUCGACUGUUCUACAAGGUCCCUUGGCCAGUUCAAAACGUCAUCCGCAGCAAGACUCCCGAAUUGCACUCCCAGAUAUUCGCCUUUUUGCUUCAAGCGUACCACGCCCGAUCCUUGCUCGAAUCCACCUUCCUCGACCUUCAACGCUCCUCUACGGAAUAUCCCGCAACGCUGAAACUCCGACAGCGGUUACUGUGGUUUGCCGGACUCCUCCACAACCACGUCACCACCACUGCCAACCAACUCCAUGACCAGCUUCGAAAAGAUAUGGCUACGAGCGAAUCCAUCGACUCCAUGGUCGACGUCUGGUCCAAAUAUACGAGCCAGCUCCAACUUGCACUAUUGCUCACGCCCAGUUUGGAGCCCGUCCGCGACGCCGUCAUCAAUAUCCUCGAAUUGAGCGAAUUGCUAUCACGCGCGCGAGGCCCAGCGAGCAUCGCAGGCUUGUUGGCACAGUUUGAGCGGAAUCUUGCCUUUCUCAUGGCGGGCGUUCGCGGAGUGGGCCGGGCGGGCGGACAGUUUUGGUUGGAGGCUUUUGCGGAGAGAUUGGAUUGGCAGCAGAUCGAUUGA